AUGGAAUUGUGCUUGCAUGAUAAAACUCAUCAAGAAUAUCCUUGCAGGGGAAGGAUCGUUAUGGGUUGCAUGGAUCAAGAAUUAUAUUUUAAAGGACAAGAAUUUUUGGCAGAUCGAAGAAGGCCCCAAAUUCAGCUGGAGUUUCAACAAACUUCUCAACUACGAGCUGAAGCAUUACCAGUUAUCUCGAACAGGACCUUAACUAUAAGAGAAAUCUGGCAGGAAAUUAGGAUUAAUGGGGAAAAAGUUCCUUGGCAAUCCUUGAUUUGGUUCCCAUUACAUAUACCAAAGCACAGUAUGAUAGCAUGGAUGGCUCUCCUUGACCGUCUCCCUACUCGCUACCGUUUACAGCGAAUGGGGAUUUUAACCGCUGGAAACUGUGUUCUCUGCAGUGAUGCUCUGGAAUCAUGUUCCCAUCUGUUCUUUGAAUGCUUCAUUGCUACUCAAUUAUGGGAGAAAAUCUUACAUCAUAAUGGGAUCACGAAAUCUAUUUCUUCUUGGGAUGACAUGGUUGAUCGGGCUAGCAACACUUGGAAAGUUUCUGCUUUCUUGAGUAAUAAAAUUCGAAUUUUCCAUAGUCGGACUUUUGGCAACGGAACUGGCUGA